CUUGAAUCCAUUCAUCCCACUAUCAAUCUUCAGUGAAACCAUCAACAUCCCUCUCGAUACUUUGCGACAUAGAACGACCAAUAGAUUUGUGCUUAACUGUAAUCAAUAUAGCCCAUCGCCGAGAUAUUAGACAACUUCACUAGUGAAUUCAAAGAGCCGAUCAUCUAGCCAUGGCAUCUCCCGACGAGGGCGAGGCGAUACAAUCGUCAGAAAUCUUAGAGACAAUUCACUUAGAACACGUCCCGUCAACACACACAGUUCACAUCGGUCUCUUCAAGAAUGUCACCAACGCCGAUUUCUUACAAAAGCAGCUACUAAGUCGGAACUCCGAAUUCGAGUACGCUUUCAUCGACGCCACAUCCGUAGUCUCACGCUUCCAGAUCCUAGCCGCAGUGUACAAGGCCAUAACAAUCCAGAUGAGCGGGACCAUGAAAACGCCCAACAUCCACUCUGAGAUCGUGUGUUCACUAAGCCCAAACAACAACAUCUCCGAAGCCUACCGGCGAUUCGGAAUAACCGCCACCACGAACGCCCUAAUAAUCAUCAAAGUCCUCAUCACCCCAUCCUCCUCCACCCUCACCCCCACCUCUAUACAACAACACCUACUCGCCCACGUCCAGGGCACCCCCACCCCCCUCACAGACGAGGCCCUGCAGUCGUCGCUCACGGACUGGGGUAAGGUGCGUAAGUACUACAAGCUAAACGGCGUGAACUGGCUUGACUCGGUUAAAGACGAGGCUCUAAAGCGGGGGGAGAUGGAGGUUUUGGUGUUAGAGGGAAUGGCGUUGAGGGGGCUGUGAUGGCUUCUUGGUUUUCUUGGCAUUUAGGAAGGAUUUAAAGGAAUUAAGGUUACUUAGGUAUGUGAUAAAGAAGGCGAAAUGAAUAAGAAAUACGAAUGACAUAUACGAGGGAUACGAAGGCUGUCGAUGAAUGUGAGAUGCGAGAUACGGGCGACGCAAAAGCAUAAAAAGAAAUGGCAGGUAGGUAAGCGACAGCUAAUCCCAGCCAUAGAGCUCAAUUAUAUUCAACUUUUUUUUCAUUCUUAAUAUAAGAAACAUAUACAGCGAGUAUUCCUCUUUAGCUACAUACUUGAAGUAUAGCAUAGGUAAGGAAUCCGCGUAAUUAUAAGUAGUUCAUAUCAUAACUCAUAGCUCUCACGCAGUGCAAAACCCCCAAUAGCACGCGUAUAUCAGGGUAUUAAUCCGUAGUCCCCAUCUCCCUUUCCCAUCCCGUCGCAUCAUCAAUCUCCCUCGUACCUAUCACCUCCCCUUCCUUUCCCUUCACCUCUCCCCAUCUUACUUCACCCACCUCACCCAGCAAAC